AAUGACGAUAGCACAAGGUUUUCAAGACAAACUGGGAACCAGCAUGACAGUAACUAGCUUCAUCCCUCUGUGCUUGGUCUUUGAAUGAUCAUUUUCAUUGGCUUAUGCAUGUAUGUUUUAUAAAGUUUAAAAUGUAAAUGUUUCCUCCAAGGUGAGUGUGGUACGUCAGCACCCUACAUUCGACCAGUCUACCCAACAAAGACUUUCCCAAAUUUAUACACCCUAGCCACAGGUCUGUACCCAGAGUCUCAUGGCAUUGUGGGAAACACCAUGGUUGAUCCCAAGUUUAAUGCCACCUUCACCCUGCGCUCCAGGGAGAAACUGAACCACCGCUGGUGGGGCGGACAGCCAAUUUGGAUCACAGCAAAGAAACAAGGAGUGAAAGCAGCUUCUUUCUUCUGGCCAUGGAUGAUUCCUCUGGAGAGAAGGAUUUUGACUAUCCUGAGCUGGCUGCAUCUGCCUGAUAAUGAGAGGCCAGACGUUUAUGCCGUGCACUCGGAGCAGCCUGAUACCUUCGGACACCGCCUGGGGCCGCUCAGCAGUGAGCUGGAUAACCCUCUCAGAGAGAUUGAUAGCAUCAUUGGUCAGCUGAUGAACGGUCUGAAGCAGAUGAACCUGCAUCGCUGCGUCAACGUCAUUGUCGUAGGAGACCACGGUAUGGAGGAGGCUCACUGUGACCGCACAGAGUUCCUCAGCAGCUACCCGCUGAACAUAGACGAGAUCCAGCUGAUCCCCGGCUCGGUGGGCAGAAUACGACCCCGAGAUCCCAAAUCCUCCACUUAUGACCCAAAAGUAGUGGUGGCAAACCUCACUUGUAAAAUGCCGACGCAGCACUUCAAGCCGUACCUAAAGCAACAUUUACCCAAGAGGCUUCACUACGCUAACAACCGCAGGAUCGAGGACGUCCACCUAUUGAUGGAGAGGAAGUGGCACAUUGCAAAGAAAAUGCCCGAAAAAUGGAGGAAACGAUGUGGUUUCUUUGGUGACCACGGCUUUGACAACAAGAUAACCAGCAUGAGGACCAUAUUCAUGGGUCAUGGACCAAGUUUCAAGUUCCAGAAAAAAGUGCCAGUGUUUGAAAAUAUAGAAUUAUACAACGUCUUGUGUGAUCUGUUAGGGUUGAAGCCGGCCCCUAACAAUGGGACGUACGGCAGCCUGAACGAAAUGCUGAAAGAUCCUCCGUUCGAGCCCAGCAUGCCAGAGGAAGUGACAGCGCCGUCUCCAGCGUCUGACCCUGACACCGUCGUGAGCCACGACCUGGGCUGCAGCUGUGACGAUGAGAAUAAAGUGGAGGAGACGAUUGAAGCCUUCAGUCCUGCACCUGAUGGGAUGUACAGUUACAACAGUACUCACCUCCCGUUUGGUCGUCCUGCCGUCAUGUUUGACACUCAGUACAGUCUGCUCCAUCAUGUGGAGUUCAUCAGCGGCUACAGCAAGGAGCUGGCCAUGCCUCUGUGGACAGCAUACACACUCCCGCGACAGGGGCAGAACACGACGGAGGUGCAGGAACAUCAAAACAUAAACACAAAGGAGGACAUGACUCCCAUCCCGGAGGUCUCCGCCGGGGCUCAGUGUAUUCGAGUGGACCCCAGAGUGUCAGCUGAUCACAGUCAGAGCUGCACCGCCUACAGCCAGAACAACCAGCUCACUUACGGACCCCUCUUCCCUCCAGAGCUGGCAUCUUCUCCAGAGUCAAGAUAUGACGCUUCGCUCAUCACCAACAUGGUCCCCAUGUACCCUGCAUUCAAGAGGAUGUGGAGUUACCUGCAGGGGACGCUGCUGAGGCGUUACGCAGAGGAAAACAACGGCAUCAACGUUCAAGCUGGACCCAUAUUUGACAACGACUACGACGGCCUGCGAGACACCACAGAGAAGAUAAAAGAGUUCUCGGGCGAAGCCCCGUCCGUCCCCACCCACUUCUACACGGUGGUGACAAGCUGCCAGGAGCUGAACCAGACUGUGGAGGAGUGUGAUGGGGAUCUGAGGGUCUUCUCCUUCCUGCUGCCCCACCGACAGGACAACACCGAGGCUUGCAAUAGUGCCGAAGAUGAGUCUCAGUGGGUGGAGGAGCUCCUGCAGUUCCAUACGGCACGAGUCCGAGACGUGGAGAUCCUGACGGGUCUGGACCUGUACCGGUCCACUAACCUCACCCUCACCAGCACCCUAAGCCUCAAAACCCACCUGCACACCUUUGAGAGUGACGACUAGAUGGACACACACACACACACACACACACACACACACACGAUAUUGCCCUUUGUAGAAGUCCUGCAUUUACCUGCAUGCUCGCUGGACUGCCUGCACAUCGUUGUUCUUGAGGAACUGCCCGAGAAGUGCUUGGAAAAGGGAACAUAUAUUCAACAUUUUAAAUUAGUUUUAAUUGGUUUGGCACGCAGUAUAAAAAGUUACAACACUAAUGUUCAUUUCUAUCCCCAAAAUAUCUGAGAAGGAAUAAGCUAGCACAGGAACGCUCCAGGAUGGGGACUUUCUCGACAGCUGCCUCUACAUAUUUCAUAAAUGCAGUUUAUCCAGGACAUCCUCGCACACAUAAAGGACUGUAUUUCUCCAUAACUAUAAACAAUGUAUACUUUAUGUUCCUACUGCCCAUUCAUUGCAUGCUGUAGAUUUAAAACAAAUUGAGUGUGUCUUUUCUUACACAUAAAAGACUUUUAAAACGUCCAUGAUUCCUAUCAGCUGAUCUGCCUGUGUAAUUGUUUUGUUUUAAUAAUUGAAAGGACUUCUCAUAGCAAACUGCACUGGAACUACAGUAACGCUGAAUGCUGUAUUGAAAAGUACAUGCUUUCCUCACAAGUGGAAAAAUGCAUUAAAACAUCUGAAAGUCUACAGCAUGUAUGGAAAAUCCUCAGCAGUAAUGUUUAAUAUCUUGAGUUAUCCGGCUUUAAAGUGCAACAUUGCUGAUGUGGUUCUGUAAAGGAGUAGUUUGACUUGAAACAGGUAAGAAAAUAUGCCCACCCACACCGCUAAUGCUCGCUAGUUAUUACAUUCUAUCUUGUUUGUUUGAUAAAAGAUGUCAAACUCUUUAAAACAACAUGUAAUAUACAUUGACAAGUAGCAAAGACUCUUAUAAACCAGUGGGGCUCGACAUAUGUACUCGAGGCUCGUAGAGACUUUUAAAGUUCCUGAAGUAUGUGGCAUUAAACACGUAAAGAAAAACA